AUGGAGGCUCUGGUGGAUCAAUCCCGGGAGUCAGUGGAAACGUUGAUCACAGACACUAUUGAUGCGAGGAAAAAUCUGUUGGGAGUAUUUGAAGACAUUGCGGAGGGAAUGGAUACUAUUAAUAGAAAUGUUUCUUGUGGAAAAGAAAACUGCAUCGACCGUCCACCGGCAGUUGCGACGGACGAUGACUUUGCAGAGGAGAGAUCGAUUGAAGAUCUACAAACAACAAAAUCAGUAUCCCAUGCAGCUCUUGAGUGUCAAGAUGAAUUCACCCAAACUUCAUCUGAAUUUGAGGAUAAAAAUACGCAAACAACAUCUUUAGAGAGUACAGAGAAAGGUGUUCAAGUUCAAAGUGGAGAUAUCUUGAUGCCGUUCUCGAUGUGUAUAAUGACUGAUCGUCACUUGAAUGUAAUGUGUGGUAUCCGGAACCAUGCAAUUCUAAACGAAUUAGUCGCACUAAUCUCUGAGUUAUACCCAGAAGUUAGGGCUCACAAAAUGACAUUGAAAGAUCGCGUAAUUUUGACGACCAUGAAAUUGAAAUUGAAUUUACCAUUUUCGGCUCUGGGCAUUAUGUUCAAAAGUGUUGAAGAACCAACCUGUCGAAGAAUUUUCCAUAGCAUGUUGCCAAAAUUAUCUGAGAUACUUAAAUGUACGAUUCGAUGGGUCUCUAGAGAGGAAAUUCGGAGGAAUAUUCCAAAAUGUUUCCAACAUUUCCAAAACACUAGGGUAAUCGUAGACUGCACUGAAUUUAGAGUUCACAAACCGAAAUGUUUACAGUGUCGAAUAAAAUUUUAUUCCCAAUACAAAUCGAAUUUCACAGCCAAGUUCAUGACAGGGGUGAGUCCAGGAGGCAUGUUAACAUUUCUGAGCAAAGGUUACGGUGGACGAGCCUCUGACAAAGCGAUAUUUCAACAAAGUAAUAUUAUUGAUUUAGUAGAGAAGGGUGAUGCUGUGAUGACCGAUAAGGGCUUUCAAAUUGAAGAUCUUUGUAUGAAUCGAGGCGUUCAAUUAUUUAUACCACCAUUUUUAAAACAGAAGAAACAAUUGUCUCCAGCCGAAGCUAUUUAUAAUCGUUUUAUUGCUGCAGCUCGAGUUCACGUCGAACGCAUGAAUCAAAGAAUUCGAGAUUUUGGAAUACUUCAGAGUACAAUCCCAUGGAAUUUGAUUGCAAGUACUGAUGAUAUUGUCAAUGUAUGUGCAGGGUUGGCUAAUUUAGGUACACCGAUCAUGACAUUUGAUAAAUUUAUUUGAAAAUACAACUGAAAUAAGAUAAAAUUUAUAAGUGUAACUUUAUAAGUGUAUUUAUAAGUGGUUAGAGUGUCGGGGUUGACAUGCGAGAGGUUCCGGGUUCGAUUCCCGGCCGGGGGGGCCAAAAUUUGUUAAAACUCUAAUCUCACGGUAAUAGCCGAGCGGUAGUCUCGUAAAAAGAGACAACUGUGCCUGGUCAGGUUUUUCCCUCAGGGUGAGGUUUUCCCUCGUCCUUCGGCGAA